UCUCGUUCCGUUGGGAGGGUUCGCACAGGUUCAGUCACUCAUUGGCCGCCUCGAAGCGCGAACCUCGUCGUUGCCGUUUUUAACAAUAUCAAUAUCAGUUCUCGAAUCAUUUAAAACCUAAUAGCCGGAAAAUAGUGGCAGGAAUUUGGCCGGGUCAAAAUGACGGCGAGCAAGCAGCAAGAGGCCGAGGCCGAACAUGAUCCCCAAGUGGUGGUUACCCCCGUGGAUGCCUCUCACAGUUCUCGCAAAGAUCGGGGACUAUGGAGGGAUCUGACUUCCUACUGGAUCCUAGGUUUGUGCAACAACUACGGCUAUGUGGUGAUGUUGAGUGCUGCCCACGAUAUCAUCAAACAGUUUAAUCCGAGUGAUGAGUCUGUAGAAAGCUCUUCUGGUCGCAAUUGUCAUUUGGUAUCAACAGGCGCUAUUUUGCUGGCCGAUGUGCUACCCUCUUUGUUUGUCAAGAUGCUGAUGCCCUUCUGUCCUUUCUGGGUCAAUUUCCGAAUAGCCAUCGCAGUGGCCUUUUCGGCAGCUGGUUUUCUCCUGGUUGGAUUUGCCAAUGCCGAAUGGAUGGCCCUGUUGGGAGUGAUCAUCACUUCAGCUAGCAGUGGAAUUGGAGAGACCACCUUUCUAGCCUAUUCCUCGCGAUACAACAAGAAUGUGAUAUCCACUUGGUCAUCCGGAACUGGUGGUGCCGGAGUUAUUGGUUCCUUAAGCUAUGCCAGCUUGAGGUCCUUAGACUUCAGUCCUAGAGACACCAUGCUGGUUAUGCUGAUCUUUCCGGUGAUCGAGGCCAUCGCCUUUUGGCUACUGCUUCGUCGUCCACAGGUUGAUAUUCUACCAGUUACCACGGUUGAGUCCACUGAGGUCCUGAUCACUGAUGAGAAACCGCUGGUCGGUUUCAAGGAGAAGUUCUUCUAUAUCAAGCACCUCAUCAAGUAUAUGUUGCCACUUUGCUUGGUGUAUUUCUUCGAGUACUUCAUCAAUCAGGGCUUGUUCGAGCUGGUCUACUUUGAGGACAUUUUCCUGGACAAGGACUCGCAGUACCGCUGGCUGAAUGUGGACUAUCAAAUCGGGGUCUUCAUCUCGCGCUCCUCGGUCAACCUCUUCCAGCUGGACAAGAUCUGGCUGAUGUCCGUCUUCCAGUUCGUCAAUGUGGUCUACUUCCUCACCGAGGUCAUCUGGUGGUACACGCCCAGCAUCUGGAUCGUGUUCGCCAUCGUCCUGUGGGAGGGUCUCCUGGGCGGCGGUGCCUACGUGAACACCUUCUACCGCAUGUCCAAGGAGAUCUCGCCUGAGCGCCAGCAGUUCGCCAUGGCCAUGGUGGUCCAGUCGGACUCCUACGGCAUCGCCCUGGCCGGAUUCCUGGCCAUUCCCGUCCACAACGCCAUCUGCGGUCUUCCGGCGGCGAUGCGCAGCCUUGUCUGGUGAUCGGGAACGAGGAACGAGGAUCAGGAACAGGAUCAGGAUCAGAUUAUGCCUUUACUGUGUGCGAGUGUAGCUAAUUAAGUCUAAGUGUAUGUCUGUGCGUGUCCCGAUAGUAUUUAUUUCUGGAUCACUGGACUCCCGGGAACUAGAUAGAUGGUUAUAUAGUUAGUAUGCUUCUGUUCGACUACUCUCUAAGAUUUAGUUUGAUAAACAGCAAAAGCAAAUACUGUUUGCAUUAGAGUACUUAUUUGUUUCGUUGUAACGAUUAUUCUUAAUUAUUAUUAUAAAAUUAAAUAAAAUGUUUGCUAGUUUUCA